UGGCCUUGGAGUUCUGUUGGUAUUUUCUUGUUUUCUGGCCCUCGUCGAUUGAGGGUGAGGGUUUGUGUUGCUGCGUGGGUAGUGUGUUUCUCGGCGCAUGCUGCCAUGCGGCGGGGAACCGUACUUUCUGAGCCAUUAUUGCGCUGGGCAGCAUUGGCUCGCGUGAGAUUCGACCUCUCCUUCCCUGCUCGUCCCCCUCUCUGAUAUCAUGGCAUGCAUUACGAGGUUACCGUGGCCCUGGGAGGGUGUGCACGACGAUUUCGAUCUGGCGAUCCUCGGAGCCGGGCAAAUGACGCUACGGGAAACGACCGCUGGGCUUUUUCAUUGGGGACAGCCGGGGCGAAAGGAACUGGGGAGAAAAAGAAAGGAAACAUGGAAACCAAUGCGACGCUUCGCUGUCCCCGGAUUAUUCGUGGAUGACGACAUACGCGAGGGAGUCAGGGAGGGAGGACAGUAUAGGCAACUUUGGUUCUCGUCUCGAUUAUUCCUGAAUUCUUUGUGCCGUGAGAGCCAUGAAAGACGGCGAGGGAGGGAUGAAACGCGGCCGAGACAAGAGCCCGAUUUGUUCCGUUGUGAAUCUUUUCGUGUCUUAUUCUUUGUGUACAUCCAGCGUUUGCGCAUGGUUUUCUACCGAUGCCCCAAUACGAGUCCGAGAUGCUCAGCAUGGACGAAAUAGAUUAAGUACAACGCGUUGCGAUCCAUCUGGCGUGACGGCCGAGCUUGGCAGCCACCGGAAUCGGAAACCGUCUAGGCAGAUGGAUAACCGACGGUGUCGACUAGACUGGCGCCAGAGUAAUUAAUUCAAUUAAUCAUGGCGACUGCAUUGGCCCCGGAGAGGGAGAGGUUUGGUGCCCAACCCUAAGUCCACCGAC